AUGGACCCCCGUAGGACCCGGGCCUCCCAGCUCCGGGUCAGGGGACAUCAGAUGCGUCUGCAGGGCCGAGAGGACGGACGAGGUAUGUUACGUACAUCAAUCAAUAGGUUUUCUAAAAGAUUUAAGAAGAAGAAGAAAUACAACCCGAGCGACACCACACUAGAGUUAGUCAGCAGAAAGGACGACUUGGAUCCAUAUUCUUCAGAAGAUGGUGAUCUCCGAGCAGUGAUGUCCUGUGGACACGCUGUCUCCCCUGAUUCUCUCACACAGAGCUGUCGUAAGCAGCUGGAUCAGGGGAUUUAUAAGUUCAGAUGUCACGCACUGGAAGAGGGAACCAAACGGUGCAAUAAGCAGUUGUUGUAUGAAGAAGUUCGCCGACUGGCCAUUCUGUCCAGGUCAGAGAUGAGGUACUUUGAAGAGAACAUGGCUCGUCUGGCUGCUGCAGACUUCGGUAGCAGUCAGCCCUGCCCAAAGUGCAAAACGGAUGUGGUGAGAAAGGACCUCUCCAACCUGUGUGUCCAGUGCACCAUAUGCAAUGCUUCUAAGAGGAUGAAAUACUACUUCUGCUGGCAGUGUCGGACGGAGUGGAAAGGUCCGGCCCCUCGGUUGGACCGCUGCGAAAACGACGGCUGUGCCAACAAGGACCUGGAGCUUCUGCAGAUAUGUUCAACCAUCAGUCUUCCUGCAGUGGAGGGUGUCACCGGCUGCCCGUCAGUCAGGGCCUGCCCGACAUGUGGAAUGAGGGUGCAGCACAACCAAAAAAACUGCAAGAACAUUAAUUGCCCUCGAUGCCAAGUGCCAUUCUGCUUCCUCUGCCUAAAACUGAAGAGUGAAUGUUGCCAGACCAGUUCAGCGUACAAAAUCUGUCUGGGUGGUUUGGCUCCCAGACAGACCUCUAUCCCAGUGUGGGUCAGGAAAUGAAGCCGAUAUAAAAGUGGCACUCUCUUAAAAGUUUCACUCAUUAAGAUUUAGGGGACAGGGAUCUGUUAUAUGAAAUAAUCAUAAUGUGAUGUGUUUCACCUAAAGUGUAUGAUUUGUGGUUUUCUGUAUCCAAGA